AUGCUCAUCCUACCAUUUAUCGCCGUCAAAGGCGGCUAUAACAAUGCUCUUAAUGUCGUUGCCACUUUCCUCGUCUUGCUAGUUGCAUCCAUAUUCAUCAUCCUUGUCUACCGCCUAUGGUUUCAUCCUCUAGCCAAGAUUCCUGGUCCAAAGCAUUUGGCAGCUUGCGAUAUCUUCUGCCAGUGGCGGACAAGCAUCAGGCUGGACAUGGCAACCUACGCCGUCGAUCUCCAUCGAAAGUACGGGCCGAUUGUCCGCAUUGGCCCAAAUCGACUUAUGGUAGAGGGGCACAUUGCCUGGCCCCAAAUUUGGGGGAUUCGCAGCAGCGGCAAUAGCGAGUUCGGCAAAGUCCCUGGCUAUACAUUCCCUAACGACCAUAACGCCUUGGUAGGGGCAAGCUGGGAGAAUCACCGACGCCAACGCCGCCAUAUGAGUCCCGCAUUCAGUAUUGCAGCGCUACACGAGCAAGAGCAUAUCAUCAACCAGUAUAUUGAUAAGACUGUUAACAAGCUUACAGAGCUUGCUAAAGCAGGCACUACGGUAGAUAUUGUCGACUGGAUUAACUAUACUACCUUCGACACCAUUGGCGAUUUAUGCUUUGCUGAUGGCUUCAACAGCCUGGAUGGCGACACAAGCUAUGUGCAUAACUUUUUUCGCGGCUUGAAAGGCAGUUCUUACCGACGUUUCUUAUGGCAUUACCCUCUACUCAAAUGGCCAAUGAUCUUUAUUCUUGGUUCCAAGGAGUUUGCCGCAGGGCAAGAAGCUGGAAUUAAUAAUCUCAGGUUGGGGCAGCUUAAGGCAAAGGCACGUAUAGCUUUAGGUGCCGAGCCCAAGGAUGGACGCCGUGACAUCACAACUUACCUACUCCGCAAGGGUAAGAACGGCGAAAGAAUCCUUAACGAUGCUGAGAUUCAGUCCUUGUGCUCCAUUCUAGUCGUUGCUGGGAGCGAGACAACAGGCACAGCGCUAGUAGGCAUUGUCUAUCUUUUAUGCCGCUACCCUGACAAGAUGGAUGCCCUUACUAAGGAGAUUUGCGCCGCCUUCACCAACAAAGAUCAGAUUACUAUUACGAAUGCAGGCCGCCUUGAAUACUUGAAUGCUGUUAUUGAGGAGGCGCUGAGAAUGUAUCCUCCCGCUGCGACAAUAACCCCACGCGUUAGCCCUGGUGCUAAAGUCGAAGGGCACUGGUUGCCGCGUGGCACACUUAUCCACUUUUAUGCGCAAGGAACAAAUCGCAACCAGCACAACUUCACAGACCCGGAUUCGUUCCAACCUGAGCGCUGGCUGAGCCCUAACCACCCACGCUACGACCCGCGUUUCGCACACGACAGGAAGGAGGUGGUGAAGCCAUUUAGCUUCGGCGUCCGUGACUGUCCUGGCAAGAACCUGGCCUAUGCAGAUAUGCGGGUAAUUAUGAGCCGCCUCCUGUACCACUUUGAAUUAGAGUUACUGCCGGGUCAGGAAGACUGGAUUAAUGGCCAGAGAGGCUCUCUAGUUAUGUUUAAACCGGGUGUAAACGUGCGGCUGAAGGUGCGGCCGGAGGUUAGUCUAGACUAG